CAACCCAUAGAAAGUGUACAACCUUGGCUUAUUGCUAAUCAUUUGGAAGGUGAGAUUAUGUUUGAGCAGGAAGGAUGGGUGCCUUCAUCUUCUUGUAGGCGGAAAAUGGUCAGGGUUUCGAAGCUGCAAGAGAAGAAGAAACAGGUCUGGCUGACCGAAGGAUCGUUGAUAGAGGUUUGCACCAGGGAGAAAGGCCUCACCGCCGUCUGGUUCGAGGCCGUCGUUCUCGACACCAAUCCUCCGCCGCCUUCGCACGCCAGAUCCGCCUCCAAGACGUCAUGCAGAGUCUACGUGGAGUACUCCACCCUCCUCUCCGACGACGGCGAGAGCCCAUUGCGGGAGCUCGUCAAUCUGGAGUAUGUCCGGCCCCGCCCUCCUCCGCAGAUUGUCGAGGGUUUUGAGCUCUACGACCCCGUCGAUGCCUUUUAUAAGGAUGGCUGGUGGACUGGUGUUGUCACUCAACUUCUGGAUUCUUCCCGCUAUGUUGUCACCUUCCGGAAACAGCAGGACAAGCUUGAAUUUGGAUUAUCUGAUUUGAGACUCCACCAUCUAUGGAUGAACGGUGAGUGGCUCCCACCCAAAAGGAAGAACACUACAGGACUGGUGUUUAGUGUGGGGAAAGAGGUGGAAGUCACAUUUGAGGGAGAUGAUUAUAAGGAUGCGUGGUAUCCUUCAAAACUCAUCAAAGACUGUGGUAAUGGCUGUUUUAUGGUGAACUGCCUGAGGCCAAAUACUGAAAUUGAGGAGCAAAUAAGAGCAGCUGUUGUUUGUUCCAGUCAUAUCUGACCAUGUCCUCCCCUCCUCAAAAAUAGUAGUAAGAAUUUUGAUUUGCAUGACAAAGUAGAAUCAUUUUAUGAUUCUGGGUGGUGGUUUGGAGUAGUAAAAGAAGUACUUCCUGACAGUAGGUAUGUUGUGGUCUUCCAAAAUGAGAAGAAGACCGAGAGGUUGCUCCAUCACUCUGAAUUAAGACCUCACAUGGUUUGGAAAGAUGGAAAAUGGCAUACUUCUCAGGGUGAAAUAUUAUCUCCACAUUGUACCCUUGAGGAUGGGGAUUGUCUCGAUAUCACCCAAAUUGCUGUUACACAUGGUAGCCAAGAUGCUACUACAAAUGAAACAUCUGGCUCUAGAUCCUUGAAUUCUUCUGAUGGAGAUAUGAUUGAGCAGACAAUUCCUUGGAGGCCUUCAAAUGCGUCAGUUUCACUGAUAAAAAGAAAACGACGUCUAGAGCUAUCAAAGGAUGGAUUUUCAAGUGAGGAAAAUGUGGAUUCUGUACCAAUGGAGAAGGUUGUUAGCGAAGGUCCCGUAGCUAUGGAGAAGGUUGUUAGCGAAGGUCCCGUAGGUAUGGAGAAGGUUGUUAGCAAAGGUCGCAUACCUAUAGAGAAAGUUGUUAGCGAAGGUCCCAUAGCUAUGGAGAAGGUUGUUAGCAAAGGUCCCGUAGCUAUGGAGAAGGUUUUUAGCGAAGGUCCCGUAGCUAUGGAGAAGGUUGUCAGUGAAGGUCACAACAAUGGUUCUGAAGAUGAUCAACCUCUCACAUCCUGGGUUGGAAAAGUGCACACACCAACUCCUCCUCUUGAUGGAUCAACACUUUCACCACAGCCACCCCCUCAAGGAGGUCUCUGCCAGAGCUGGCCUUUUGUGAAGAAAGACUCAUUUCUAUGGGACCGGAUAGAAUCCAGAGAAGCUUUUCAGAAAAUUGCACAGAAUCCUCAUUUUCAACCGCUGCAACACAGCGAAGAUUUUUGUCGUGAAACUCUGGCUAUCUGUUAUAUGGGAACUUUUGCUGAUCUAGUAGAUAAGGCUUGCAACUUGAAGCUUGAUGAACCCAGAAACACCAUUGAAAAAAUGUUGGACACACUAGUUGAGUUGGAGUCGCAUGGGUUCAAUGUUGAGCCUAUAAGCCGUCGCUUGAAGGAGAUUCUGUCAUAUAGAGACCAUCAGGAAAAUCUGCAAGACUUGUCAGCUGGGACCCACAGCAAAAUGGAGAAUCAGAAGACACUCAAAGCAGACAUGAUGAAGCAAAAAUCUGAGCUGGAGGAAUGCCUUUACCAGGUGGUGUCCAAGAUGGAGUCAAACGAAAACAACAUAGCUUCUCUGCAGUCCACUAUGGAUGAGAUCAGCAAGGAGCUCGAACAUUUGAGCCGGGAUUAUGAAGCUUUGAUUUGCAAACCAUUUGAACCCCUAGUCAAAAACGUCGAGUCAGCCGAGGGGAGGUGACCAUAGUAGGGCUAUGGAUUGUUCCAUCCUCAACUCUUGUAAGUAAACUAUAUGUAGAAAACUGAUGUUAUGGCUUUUAGCUCUAAUGACCCAACUUACUCCUUGAUUUUGAGACCAAAACCUAUCUAGUUUUAUGUUAGAUUAGGAGUGAUCAUGUGCUCUUGUAUUGUGGCAUUUUGGGGUGUGAAAACCUCUUUGUUUUACUCCGUAUUAAUAUGGGUUUGGGCUGAGUUCCAAGUAAAUGUGAUUGAUUUGA